CAGUGCCCGAACGAUCUCAAAUGAAACGGUCUUCUCCUCCUUUUGUGCUCAUAGAUUACGAUGUUCUAAAUAAAGUGUAAACAGUGACACACGAUGACCUCACCAUCCACCCUUGAUGGACUGCCGAAACAAUUCGUCUCGGCAAUGAGAACCCUCUUCGACAUUAUGGACGACAAGAGAACGGGCUACGUCAACUUUUCGGACAUCGAAAACAGAUGGCAAGACGACGGAUCCAAGGGACUGCCCAAAGGAGUAAUCGAAAGUUUGAGAAAGGUCACGCCGCCAAACGGCCUCUUGACGUUCGAGAGGUUUUGCGCCGGCUUGAAAAUUUGCCUAUUGAGAAAUCAAGUGGAAAAUCGCAACGAUCACAAUGUGAAAAGAACGAACGACCCAGUGAGUGUUCAGUCCAAUAGCAGACCGCCCUCAGCACCUCUGCUGGACAUCGAGCCUACGCCGAAACCGCAGUGGACCAACACGGCCACCAUAAGACCUAACAAUGUGAUAUCCCAGCAAAGAACCCUAAGCAUGCCACUACUCCUACCUAAAGAAAACGCGAAUCUCCAAUCAGAAUCUGUAGACAUCCACAACAAUCUCAAUAAUUACGAAAAACCUCUUCCUGUAAUCAACAAGCCCACCCUCUACGGACCUCCGAAACCCCCAAGAACAGCCAUUGGCAUCGAAAGGAAUACCACAACAAACAUUGACAGAGCAGAAAUUCGAAACGCUCUUCAAAAUUGGCAAAUUGGACUCAUGAUGAACGAUGAGAACAAGAAUAAGCAGCAAAUGCAAUACACAGGUCUUUUGAGACCAAGCAGGAGUAUGGGAGAUGGUAAGGCGGCAAUACCUUCAGAUAUUCAAACCGGUAUGUACCAAAAAAAGGCAAAUGUACGAAGAAGAGAACCAAGGAGGCAUACUUUGCAAAACGGGAUUGAUUACAACAUGCUAAAGAGGAUUAAACAGACAGAGCAGGAGAAGGAUGUUUUGAUGCAAGGAUUGCAAGCUGUGGAGAAAGCCAGGGAAUGGUACCUGAAACAGAUUGCUGCCCUUCAAGAAAAAAUGAAAUAUUUGGGAAGGAUGGGUCAUGUGGAGCCAUGGUCAGAAUCCCAACAGGAGCGUUUAGAAUUACAAAGAGCUAGGGUGCUUGAAGUCAACAGGCAUCUUUCAACUCUGACAGAAAGCUGGGAAAGGGGAGGGUUGCCUCUUCAUAUCAAUUUAGCAGUUAAUCACUACCCUUUAGCUCAUGGCGACAUCACAGAUAGACUCAAGCAACAAAAUCGUUUGCUGACUGAGGAGGUGAGCAAGAAAAGUGAAAGAAUUUCCGCCUUGGAGCACGAAAAAGCUAGUUUAAUUCAAGUUCUCCAGAUGAGAUCGCCAUCAAGUAGAAGCAAUGGACAGGAGGAGGCCGUUUUUUGAAUUGACACAAAUCCCAUUUGAUUCUUCCUCGGAAUUAUAAAACAAUAAUAAUAAGUGCAAUUUUCAAUUAAUUGGAUAAAUUAACAAUUAUUUAACAUUAAACUUGAACUAAUUUUUUUGUUGAUCUAUGAAAAAUUUUAUAUUCAAUAUUAAAAUAUACAGAGAUGGUUAUAUCAUAAAAAAUUCCCCACAAAAACAAAUGUGAUGCUUUAAAGAAACAUUAUGAAAUAUUUAUUUCAUGUUACCU